CUGACAGUGCAGGAGAGCCAGUUCCAGGCGUCCAGGAGGCAGCUCGCUGCGCAUCUGGGUGACCCCGACGUUGAGGGAGUGUACGAGGCACAGGUGCCGCUGCUCACACACCUGCUGCUCUCCCUCGGCACUGUCUGCUCCGUGGACUCCCGCGCUCGCUCCAAAGCUACUGCCGCCGCCAAGACCACCAACACCACCAGCGGUGGCAACAGCAGCAGUGGAGCAUGGGACAUGGGGCAUCUAUCCAUGCGCACCACCACCGAGUGCCCCUACCUGCCCUCCAUGCUCUCCUCCCGCUCCUUCCUCUACCUCUACCACUGUGGCACGGACACGAGAGCAGUGUACGCGCUGUUCAUGCCCUCGCUCCCCGCGCUGCUGCUCCUCUUCGUCUCCCCCGUGCCCACACGUGACGUCACCCCUGCUCACCUGCACCGCCACUUCCUCGCAGCUGCUGCUGCAGCACAUGCUGCCAGCCCAGACGUGCCUGCCCCACCUGCUGCUGGCUCCGUGCCUGUCAAGGUGGAGUAUGCGGGGACCCGCCAGGAUGCAUGCAAGGCAGUGCAGCGAGCAAUAGAGGAGUUGCGUGGGUCCCACCGUGGCCCACUAAUAGCUCUGGUAGAGGAUGCCACUCGCACUGGGGGAACACCACCUGGUGGCGAGGGGACAUUGACAGCAGCAACAGGGGCAGCGACAGGGGCAGCGACAGGAACAGGGGGAGCGGGAGGGGCAGGGGCGAGUGGAGGGUUGGGGGGAGUGGCAGUGUUAGAGAGCAUGCCAUGCGUGGAAGUACCGGGCAAUGCGGCUGACAGCCGCUUCCCGGCGCUGGGGUGGCAGGCAGCAGCGGGGCGAGUGGCGGUGCACCGAUGUGCACAGGCGCCUGUGUGGCUGCACCAGCGCGUUGCCCUCGCCCGAUAUGCACACAUCCCCAUAGGCAACAUGAGCAAGGACUGGAUCCUGCACACAGCAGAUGUCUUCUUCGCCAGGGCAUUGCGAGACAACAACCAUCUGCUGUGGCUGUCCCACACGGGCAUGCCGGACGUGGGAGGGGUGGCUGAGGAGGAGGCCAUGAGCUUCCUGGAUGAGGUGCAGCAACCGCAGGUGGUGGUUCCGGGUCACUACACAACAAUAACUGUGGAGCUCAAGAUACAGCACCUGGCAGUGUGUGCGCUCAUCAAGAGCACCAUAAUCAACGACAUCGAAGGGGGUGCGCUCCUGGGCGCCUCACACCCCCACUCCCACCCACACCCCUCCUCUCAACCGAACGCCUCCUCGCACCCCAGAUUCCUCUUCCAGACCCAAUCCACCAGCACCCCAGCCAACGGCAGCAACCGCAGCGAUCACCGAACAACAGAGUCAGCAUCAGCAGCGGCAGCGGCAGCGGCAGCGGCAGAGGCAGUGAGGGAGGCGGAAGCAGAGCUGCAGGGCGUGCUGGGUGGGGUGCAGGGGGACGAAGGGGGGAGAGGGGGCUCAGGGGGUUCAGGGGCCUCAGGGGGGCAUGUGAUGGAGGACGAGGCGGCCAUGUGUCGGUCGGCCUUCAAGGUGCUGCGCGGCAUGGUGACGGCGUGGGUGACCGAUGUGGUGCGCACGCAAAGCCUCUAUGCUGACGCCCUGCUGCAGCACCUCUACCGCUGGAUCUGCAGCCCUUCAUCCACUCUGCACGACCCUUUCCUGCACCGCCUGCUGCACAAGAUCAUGUGCAAGCUGUUUGCGCUGCUGCUGGCAGAGCUGCGGCGCCUGGGCGCCACAGUGAUAUACGCGGACUUCUCACGCGUCAUUCUUGCCACGGGGCGGCGCUCCCUGCCCUCUGCCAUGGCCUAUAUGGACUACCUUGUUGCCGCUGUCAACAGCAGAGACGCGUUUGAGCUGUUGCAUGUGGAGAAGCAGCGGGUGUGGCACUCCCUGCUGUUCCUGGACAAGUUCAACUUUGGCGGCAUUGUCGAUAGCUCUCAAUUGGAGCAGCAGCAGCCGGAGGGAGAGGGAGAGAAUGGGGAAGCUGCACGGCACACGAAUGGCAAUGGUGCUGCCACUGCUGAUGCUAAUGGUGGUGGUGGCGAUGGUGGUGGUGAUGGUGUUGGGAGUGGUGAUGGUGCUGGGGCAGGGAAGCAGGCGGAUGGGCGAGGAGGAGAGGAGAGCAAGAUGACCGUGCUGAGCCAAUGGAACAUUGCAGACUACCUCCCUUCAUCUGUGCAGGAGUACUUCCAUCUGACGGUCUCUGACUUCAUCUUCAACCCCUGGCUGGCCGCUCGUGAACGCCGCACAGAGAGAACCCUGCAGCGCAGAGCUGCUGCUGCCCUGGCUGCUCGAGCGAGGGGAGGGGAGAAGGAGAAAGGGAAGGCAGGGAAAGAGGGAGGAGGCGGGGAUGUGGGAGAUGUGGCGGAGGAGGGGAGGGUGGACGAGGAGGAUGAAGAGGCAGAGCUGGCACGCAAUGAGGUGCAGAACCGCCUCACAGACAACCUCUUGCACCUUGUGCGGGCCUUGCAGGCAGAGGCGGAGAGAGGGGGGGAGGACGCGGAGGAGGAGGGGGAAGGGGGGGAGGAGCGCAGGAUGGGGAAGUCAGGGAAAGGGAGGCAGAGGGGGAAGGCGCGGGGGGUGCUAGGGGCGACAGGGGGACGAGCUUUGGAGCUGGUGAAAGCAGUGUGCCAUGUGCUGUCGCUCAGUGCACACGUGCAGCAUGAAGUGCAGGUGUUGCGGCGGCAGCUGCUGCGGGUGCUGAGAGUGCGUGAGUUUGCACCAGAAGCCAUUUUCCGGGACCCAUGUCGCUCAUUCGUUCUACCAGGAGUCAUAUGCAGCUACUGCAACGACUGCAGGGACCUGGACUUGUGUCGGGACCAGCUGCUGCAGGCGGGCGAGUGGCGCUGUGCCGUUCCGCACUGCCAGCACCCCUACGACCUGCUCUGGAUUGAAAACGCUCUGCUCGAGGUGAUGCGGCAUCGUGUGAGGAGCUAUCAGCUGCAGGACCUCGUGUGCAACAAGUGCCGACAGGUGAAGUCUACCCGGGCAGCGCUGCACUGCACGUGUGCAGGCACGUUCCAGUGCUCGCAGCAGGCAGAGCAGCUGAGGGAGGGGCUGCUCGUGCUGCACUCAGUGGCCUCCACACACGGUUUCCCCUUGCUGCUCGAGUGCCUGCAGUGGCUGCUGCCUCUCUGCCCACCGUAUAGCAGCGCCCAGGGUAGUUCUGCGGUUGAUGCGGCGGCGGAGGCGGAGUUUCGUGCUGCCAUGCGGUUUAUCCGAAAGGGGCCAUCCGCCUCCCUGCAGUUCGUCGUAGAUGAGAAGCGCGCUGAGCUGUAUGCCUUAGAGGCACAGGCAGUGCACGGCCCAUGUUCUGAGGCGAGUGCAAACCCCCCCGUACUCGAGGACCCGUCUAGCAGGCGGCGGCGGGAGGCAUGGGUAGCCCUGGGACAGAUGCCGGCAGCAGAGGCUAAAAGGCAGCUGGCGGCGCUGCUCUCGCUGCUCAUUCCCGACUGGCGCGAUUGGGAGCCCAGCAGCAUGGGUGAGGGAGGGGGGAAUGGAAGGGAGGGGGCAGAAGGCUUGAGCAGAGAAACGGCGCAAGGACAGGGUUCCGGGCAAGACGAACUGAGUUCUCGGGACGAAGGAUAUGCCCCGGCGCAAGGAGGAGGGUUGGCUGAUCAACUGCUGAGGAGGUUUGCUGCCCGCACCAACGUACCACUUAGAGCAAUAAGAGCCCGACUGUGA